GGCGGUGUUUUAAACCUAAAAUGAUCAAUCGUCUUGUCGUAGCGACACCCAAUAAGCUGCUGAGCAUUGGCCGGGUAAAUCAUAUAAGGAACCAUGUGCCCAUGCGUUUUCCAGCGGGGACUUAUGAUGAACUCCAAAUUCCUCAAGGAAGUUGGGCUGAAAUGCACAAACAGCAGAAUAGACUUUAUAAUACAUACUUUAUAAUUAGCGCCACAAUCGCUACUGUUUUGUUCGCCGCAGCAUUCUAUGUCUCUGACAUCAAUAAGUAUAAACUUCCGAAAAUUUCCAACUCUGAAGAAGGUCUAAAAUUCUUGAAUCCUGACCCUAAAGCACUGCAGUAUAUUUUAGAAAACUGAGUCCCGGUAGAUAGUUGAAUGUACUUAAAUACAUUUCAUGCUUAGAUUAUUCUAGAAAUAUUCUUUCAUUCACUCGAGUUUGGCUUGUUUAGACAUUCGAUAAUUCAGUGUAAUGUUACUUUACAAAGUAUGCAUGUGAUCCCAUAUAUGUAUGCUCAUGUAUUUUGUAUGCCUCGAAAAUCACAAGUUUACUGCCGAAAUGUUAAUUCCUUGUCAGUCAGCAAAUUGGGAUUUGUUUUGUAGUCGCUCUUGUGUGUUGAUGGGACGAGUUUUUGUUAGGUAAACUUUCCAGUGAAUGACUUUGGUGUCUCAUGUGUUGCACUUAUCUUAACUUUCUUGACAGUGAUUUUAAAAUUUCUGUUUUAGUAAACGGUCUUGAGUCCCGUAAAGGUGUUUCUCCCUCUCUAAAUGUAAAUUGUUACUCCAGGACUGGCCUACAUCAACACCUGAACUAAGGAUAGGGAGUGAAGUAGUCGGAUGCGCUGACAACUUCACUCAUCUUGGAAGUCUGAUCAGCCCUAAUGGGUUGGUGUCUGACGAAAUCUCUGCACAUAUUCAAAAAGUUUGUUUAGCUUUUGCCAACUUACGUCACCCAUGGCGAAGGCAAGAUAUCCGUCUGUCUAUUAAGAGACGAGUAUACUGCGCGGCCGUUCGUUCUGUCCUACUUUACGGCUGCGAAACGUGAUCAUUAAGAGUAGAAAAUAGCCGUAAGCUACUAACAUUUGCUCGCAUCUGCUAGAAUCACCGGGUAAGUAACAGUGAGGUUAGACGCAUCUGAGCUGCAGUCGGUGGGAGCGUAGGCAGAAACGACAAAAAGGCAACGACGUGUGUCCCUAUCCUUCCGAGUUCUUACGUCGCCGUUUAGCCGAACUGCACAUAAACGACUGUUAACACGGAUCCACUCUAACAGUGCUUGUUCCGCCCUCAUGCUUAGUGCUGUCCCUACUCCUGCCAGUCCACGAGAGCUGGCCGUCGGGUCACCGGAUACACGGAGGGUGUAUCUCGUUGGCUCUCCGUUUUGCCGAGGUUAGGUCAAGUGAAUGACCACACUGAAAUCCUGUAUGCGUGUUUCAGAGACACAACAUACAUCAAUGGUACGAGAUUCUAGGGUUCUAGCCAAGGAAGCCUGUUGACCGAUUUGACAUAAGGUGCGUACAUUGAAGGCUGCAAUGUGUAGUGUGGAGCGAGGUUUCAUUAGACCUGGGACAGUGUUUUGAGCACUAGACUCGGCUAUGGUAACACUUGAGGGAGAAGUCGAAAGAGGACGUUUAAAGGUGAAAGUCGAUGUAGGAGGAAUAAUAGGAAUUGAAGAGGGAGGUUGAUUAUGAAUCCAGUGGUCCUGAGUGCUGUUAGAGGUAUGAGGGCUGAUAUCACUUCCCGGUUGCCCACACCGUGGAAGGGUUCUUCUGGAGGUAUCUGAAAAGGAAAUUGGAUUAUAGGUGGUCUUAGUGACCAGGGAGCGUGACCGCAGUGCCCAAGGGACAACUGCUUGAGGUCGGUCACACACGACCUUUUUAUGGGUAAUUUUUGUGUUAGCUCCGUACUCGUUGAGACUUUACCGCCGGAGACGGAUAUCCGUGGGAUAAGGUGAGGUGUGCAUUUUUAGGGUCGACCUUUUCUAACCCCACCCCUCCUUGUGGGAAGGCAGCAUCGCUGCCAUGCUGGUUGUCUGAAGGAAACACCUUACUGCUGUCACACCUCUGUACAGUCAGCAGUACGACCUCGCCUUCGGACCUUGGGUUUGUUGCUUUUAAUCUUACCGCUCUUCAACCGACCUGUCUGACAUGGUAGGACCUUGAGGAACGGUUAUUCCAGCCAGUAUAGCUCGGUUGCUUCCUCGCGACAGGCAAGCCCGACCACCACGUCAAAGUAACAACAACGGUCAGGCAAACAUACACCUAAUGGAUGAUAUUACAUCAACAUUUGUGAAAUACUCAGUGAGAUCUCUGAAGUCUAGGUCUGAGACUAGUUCUUCACAUAAACGAACUAAGGACCUCGCUAAAUGGUUGUAGCAUUCACCAAAUCCAAAAGGUAUUUUGGCUGAUAUGUCCAAAACACCACAGUGGUCAAUAUAUGACGUAAUAAGGUGACUGAAGGACUCCACGUUGACUUGGACGGCGUGCAUGUAUUUAGCCUAAUGUGGGUAAGCGGUAAAGUUAAACCCAUGCAGACAAAGCUGGAUUUGCAUGUAAUUAUCGCGUCAAACAAUUGGAUGGAGAGUACAUAACUAGCAAACGAGCACUUUCAUUUAUAGUAUGUGUUAAUACCUGUGUAGGUAGGUGUAUUUACCACUGAUUUGAAUGGAUAGGCUGAAAGAGUGAAGUUUCUUGCAUUCACAUCCAAGGGAGGAGCAAUCGUGAUCUCAGAAUUAGGGUGUGUGAACAUUCAUGCUUAUCAGGGCAUAACAUCCAGAUUUAUAGAUUUUGUAGUAGCAAUAUCAUACCGAAGCAACACAUCAGUUUAUCGAAGGUUUUUUUGCUAACAUAACAGGUUGGGUCUGAGUUUAUGGAAAUUACCGUCCAAAAUGGCUACUUCAAAUAGCAUUGACCAGUUCCUCCAUCUUUCUUGAUAGCUGUGCGGACGGUACUCAUUUUCAGGAACUGAACUCUCACUCUUAGAGGCUUCCUGUUUCCGGAAUGUAGGGUCGCUUGGAACACUCAGACAACUAUUGAUACCUUUGAGGAUCUCUACAAUAGCUGAAAUCUAACCUUCUAGCCUCAUUAACUUGGUGAUUUAUUUGACAUUGGUUCUCUCCAUACUUCUGGUAUUCGUAGCUUUAUACACGGUGACCUGAUGGUUGAAGUACUCGACUUCCAAUCAUUAGGUUCUAAGCUUGAACCUUAAUGUAUUUACCUCAGGUGUGUAGGCAGUAGUAUCACCGGCCUCAAUACAAUGUGACUUAACUAACGUCUAGCAUAUUAACCCAUACAUUCCUACUCAGAUAGAUUAAUCACUUGCGUCACUCCUAAUGUCAUAUCUCAAAAAGUCAUGUUUUAAAACAUGGAUUUCUCCGUUAAUACCACGUUUCGUAUGGAGUUUUAUUGUUUUCCGAGUCACGAAACAUCCCAUUAAUGUUAAUAUCUGAUCUUAGAAUAUUAAAGAUUCCCAAUUGUUCGCUUAUAUGUGAUGUUCUAAUAUCUGAUCUGUACGGUAAAGUUUAUGAAGUAAACAAUUCUCAUUGUAUGAAUUACGAAAGUCCUAUGCCUAGAUUAUUGUACAUGUGUCCUUCUAUGUUUCCCCAGGCUAAGUAAUUCCAGAGAAAUUCGAUAAAAUAUAUUGUUUUCUUGUCGCUUU